AUGUUCUUCUUCUUCACCUGCGGCUCCGCCGACUUCUCGGGACAAAUCAGCGGGUACGAGGGUCUGCGCGUCGUGUGUCCUCAUUGCCACAACGCGGCGGUAACAGCGAUCAAGCGCCGCACGUUCUUUACGUUCUGCUUCAUCCCGCUGGUGCCGAUAAAGUGGGGCAAGGAGCUGCGCUGCACGAUUUGCCAGUAUCAUCAGUCUACGACCGAUGAGCAGCUCGAGCAGAUGGCGAAUGGCGGCCCUGGCGGCGCUAUGCUGAAGUAG